UUCACAUUUGCAUGGAUUCUUGACAGGCAGCUCAAUUUAAAACAUUUUUGCGAAGUGAUAUUACGUGAUUCUUUACACGUAUUGUGACAGUUCUGAUAUGAAAUGCCCACUGUGUGGUGCUAAAAGCGAGUUAAAAUUUCUCCAAAACUUAUUGAGCUUUUAAGCUUAAUGCUCUAUCGAUUUUAAAAUGAACAAAACCUACCUACCUCCCUAAACCUUAAACCUAAAGCUAAACAAUAGUGUCAUAAAAACUGAAUGUGACAUAAAAAAUGUGAUUGCCGAAGCAGCCUUGUCACUUUGUGGUGAUUCUAUGACAUUUUCAGCUCACGUGUCAACUCAUGCUCUUCAGGACUCGUACUCCUGUCCUUUGCAUCGCAUUGGAGCUACUGCACAACUUCAUCAUACCUAAACAAGCUUGUACAUGUAGUUGGUUACUUAAUGCAAAUGUUAAAAUUUAUUGCUUCCUUGUCCUAAUCACGAUGCGAUUCCAGCGAUAAGCAAUCUGUCUGUCCACACUAUAGACACCAUGAUUUUCGUACACAAAAAUGAUGAUAAAUGACAAUAAAAUCAGAAUUGUCCGAUGGAACAGUUUGUUUACUGAACGUAACUCAUUUUCUCACUGAAGCUGCCUAUGGAAAUACGCUUUCUAUGGCAAGCACUGAGGGAAUAAAUACACAAUCACACAAAUACACAGGGCAAAGUUACUCUAUGUAUCGCAUCCUAAUUCAGUCUGUUACCUGUGUUUAUGUUCACACGGUACUCCUAUAUUUAUUUUGCCGUUCUCCACAUACAAAAAUUGAUGUCACUGAAACAGGUCAAUACACGCUUUUUAAUUUAAAACUGGGUCUGUGAGUGACAAGGCAGCAUAGUUAAUUUCUUCUAUCAUGGCAAUAACGACAACAGAGAAAUAUAAAAGGAGAAUAUUACAAGUAAAAGUUAAUUCAUCCAGUGUUUUUAAGUCACUGAUUUGUUAACCAGAUAUAAUGCAUUAAUACAGAUUUGAUUCGACCGGAGUUUGGCGGAGAAGCAGACCUUAAAUAAAAAUUAUUUUUGCAGUUUAUUUAUUCAACCCUUAGUUUGUGAUCACAUUCGUUUUCAGUCGGUUUAUUACAACUAAAGUCAAAGUUCCCACCUUUUUUGACCCAUGUAUUUCCAUGUGUUUUCCUCAUUCAAAAUAACAGACUCACAAGAAUGAUUCACUGACAAAUGAGACAUCAUUAUGGAUUGCAAGUUACUCUACACAUGAAAUUUUCAAGCUCAUGAAAUAUUUAGAGUAGAGAAAAACUAGAAUUUUCAUUAUUAUAUUAAUUAUAGACUUUUAAUAUUUUUUUCAGGUUUUCCAUGACAGUGGGAAACCUGUACAGAACAAUGAAUGUGUUCUCCCUGUUGUUUUAUUCCAAUAUCCGUUAUUUAAGCAGUAUAACGUUAUUUCAGGACUUACUCCAGAAAAACGUGACAUUUAUUAAUUGAGUUUAGAUGGCAAGUUGUAUAUGUGAAAUACUUUAAUAAUUUUGUGGGAUAUGUUUAUAUACUAAGGGUACAUUUAUUGAAAGACUGUCUAUCCUAGUGUUAAUCUUUCUAUGCUGAUCAAUGAAAUUUAGACCAUAAUUUCGCCACCUAACUAAAAAACUAGGGUCACUUAUUUUUGAUUGUUUUGGUGAGGAAAGUUGCUUAUUUUGGGCUUGUUUUUCCAGACCAGGUCGCUUGUUUCUCCUUCAAGAUCUGGGAACAUUGAUGUGUGACAACUUCAGCCAAAAUCAAGUUGUUCUGAUCCAGAUAGUGAGACGUCUUUAUUAUACCGUUAUAAGAUUAGGCUUAUAGAUGGGUUAAUAUUCCUUUAAUUAAACUUUUCCUUAAAUUAGUCAUGUUACUCUACUUUCUAGUGGUCCAGAUUAUCACAUUUCAUAACAGUCUUGCACAUGCUUGGAGUGUCCACACUUGGAAAAUGAAAUACUAUUUAUAUAAUAUAUCUGCAUGCCAUGCAUGAAAUUGAUUAACUUCUUGUCUCACAAAAAUUGUUGUCUUGUUCUUAAUGAUGAAAACUAAUAAAUCUCUGCUUUAAAAGAUUAACUUGCUGUUUCUCUUAUUCUUUUUUUAUUAAUGCUUUUUGGAGCAAUAUAAAAAGAUUUGCCAGUGUUGCCAAUGAAACUGUCUCAGCUAGGAAAAUACAUGUAACCUCCCGAGACCAAGAUUCAAUAUUGGGAUUCCAUACAGUAUUUAAUGAAGAGGAGAAGGACAGGAAGGACCGAGAGACUGAUCUUGUAAACUUUAUCAAAAAAGAAGAAAAAAACAAACUGCUGAUGACAUAAUUCAUAUUUGAAUGCCAAAGCAGGAUUUGUUCACUGUCCAUGUUGCACAUAAUGUUAUUCUGAUGUGUUAGACAGUUGACAGUUCUGUAAUAUAAGGUAGUUUCUUGGGUGAUUUUUAUUUAUUUUUUUAUUUGAUUUUUUUUUUGCUGUUUUAUAUCAAAGCGAUAAAACUACACUGGCGUUGUCCUGUAGAAAUCAUUAAAACAUCCUUAAAACAAUAUACAUUUACUUCAGAAGCAAAAUUUUGUAAGAUGAUACAGUAUUACCUGUUUUCAGAGAAUACAUCUUGAAUUACAUUUAUUUUUCUUAGCCAUUGGCCAUUUUUUCUUGUUUUAAGCAUAUAUCUAACAAAAUUUAAUGAGGUUUAUUUUUUGCCAAAUUGCUAUUUUUCCAGAUUGCUAUGUUUAGAUAUUAUACUGGAAAACAAAAGAUUAAGAAAUAAUUUUUGUAGUGUAAUCCAUGUUGGCAAUAUUUUGGUUGUCCAUCAAUAGAGUGAGAAGCCAGAACUUUACAAGAUAUGCUAAAGGUUUGUUCCUGGUUUGAUACAAGUUAAAUUCAAUUGACAGCAUUUGUGGCAUAAUAUUAAUUACCACAAAUAACAACAAAGUUGUAAUAUCAGAUAUAUACAGUUACUUUACACAGAUAAGAUUAGAAAGCAAUUUUAUUAAACUAAAAUCAUGUUAACAUGUAUAAUAUUUACAUCUUGUGGCUAUACUUUUGAAACAGUGAGUAUUUUAACAUUAAUGGACUGGCCCCUUCCAUUGUAUGUGCCUCACUGUAACCGAUUUUUGCUUCUUUCUUUCUUUCUUUUUUUCUUUUUUUUUUUUUUUUUAAAUAAAGGAGAUACAAGUUUUUAUGGAAAUCAACAUUAUGCCACAAAUGUUUUUAAUUUAGCUUAACUUGUAUUAUGCCCGGAAUAUUCCAUUAAAAUUAGUAACUUGAUUUUUAAACUUUGCCCCUGUAACAGUCCUCAGAAAGAUUCUCUAAAGGUGAAAAAUCUGAUUACCAGAAAGCUUUUAAGAAAUUCCUUGUGAGACUGUGUGUGUGUGUGUUGUAACAGCAGAGGCUGCUCAGCUAUUGGUUGUUACUGGUACAUUCAGAGUAAGUCGCAGUCACUGUGGUUACAGAGAAGCAGAGCUUCAGCCAAGACUGAAUCGCUGAGUACGUACCCUCUCCUCUCUGCUCUUAUCACACCACAAGGGAGCUACGAUUGAGGUGGAUAGGCUGGAAGAAAUUUCAGGUUGUUCUCAGCCUCAGAACCCAGAACAUACAGAACUGAAGUCCCUAUCUGAGCCUGUAACCAUGGAGACCAGUGAACACUGCGGCACAGCAAACAUAAAUGACUGUGAAGUCCUGGAGUUUGAGUUACCUGAGAGAAAGGAAACAAGCAACAAAGAUGAACAAGUCUGUUACAAUGCUGACGUAUUAGAGUCCAUAAGUACAAAAGUAGUGGUUGACAUUCUAGCAGGCCUACCUCCCACAGAGACCAAGGCUGAUGAACUUGAAGACAUUCACAGUCCCAAAGAGGUGCUUGUCUUGGAAGACACUCGAGAAGAACUGUAUCGCAAUGAGUCAAUUACCUCUUCGAUCUCCGACACUCCGUCAAGUGCUGAGAGCGUGUAUGAAAAUGAUGUUGUACAUAAGAAGGAUGAUUCGCCAAGACAGGAACCAUUAGAGAACACUGUACCCCAUCCAGAAAUCAUUAACAAUGGAGAUACAUUAGACCCUUUGGGUACAGACUCAGAAGAACCCAUCUUGGAAGGUUUUGGAUAUGAUGAUCCAGAAGAAACCAUCCUGGAGCAUUACAUCCGAGAGGAAGUCCUAUCAGACACUUCCACGGAGUCUUGUCAUGACAAAGCCGAACUGGACGAAUGUCUUCAGGUCGAAAUAGCUGCAGCAUCAUCCGACAAUGAAACCGAUGAGAAGUGGAGGAGCAUUUUCUCUUCCUCCGUUAAUAAGGAAGAUGAUGAUUCCUACAUUGACAGCCUUGAGCUGAGCGCACAGGAACUCUUUAUUCAAAAACUUGAAGUUCAAAAUUCUGAUGAAGAUUCAAAGGAACCCGAAGAGCCUGAGAUCCCUGUAAGAGAAGAAGUGCUAGAACAACCUGAGACUGGGCCAACUCUGCAACUGCAAGAGAUAUCUUACAACUCUUCCACACAGUUCCACGGCUUGUCCAAGAUUUCCGAAGACGAUGAGGAGCUUGGACGAGUCUCAGCGUCCCACAAAAGCAAUUCAUUUGAUUCUGUCAAAUCUGAUUCCAGCAAAAAGGUGCCAAAAGAUUAUUGUGUGAUCCAGGAAAUGAAGAGUGAGAAUGUCAGUACAGAACAUGUGGAUUUCAAAGUCGCACGGCAACAGUGGCUGGAGAUAGAAGAGCAAACAAAAAACUUGAUGCACCAUCCGAGUACACCAACAAUGAGAUCUGGGACCUGCCAAGGCAGUCACAGUUUCAUGUACACGCCUGUCCGUAACAUUGACAGGCCGAAGAGGGACCUUGAAGGCUUAGCACUUGUAGAGGACUAUGUGCAUACCCAGUUCAGCCCCUGUUCAGAGGAUUCUGGUCUUGACGAUUCCAGUUUCAGAUCACUGAAUGAUGACCCAGAGACCCCAAUUGAGAAGGAGAUUCGCCAAACAAUGGAACGUGAAGAAAACCUGAGAUGUGAGAGGGGGAUGGCAAAAUCAUACUCUACUGACUGUGUACAGAUGAAGACCAGAUCCAUCAGUUUAAACCCAGGAAAACUAUGCCAGGAAGUUGAUGAGAAACUGAAAAUAUUUGAACACCAGAAUGACAAUGGAAGAAUACACAAAUCUCCCAGCUACACGACGCCUUCUUUCAUCAUUACCUCCUCACCAACCAAGGGCUCUCAGCAACAAGACUUGGCAGCCAACAGCGUUAUCAUCCUCGAACCAGAGACCUUCCCUUCAAGUCCAAGGCAUGGGAAGAUGGUGUCCUCAAAAUCUGCUGACUGGAGAUCAGAAGAUCCCCCUAAUCUCAUCAUUCUGGAAACAUCGAACCUCAUCAUUCGCAGUGCAUCAGAGUUCAACCUGAAUUCUAUCUCAGAGGAAACCCAAGAGAAAAUGUUCCUCAACAACCCAUUUUUUAAGUUACGGUCCAGGAGUACGAUAUCUCUUGUUGAUGAGGAGAUCGAAAUGGUAAAGCUGCGAGAAGAGGAACUAAAACGGCAAAGGGCCAAUAUUUACUCGAAGGAUCAUUUCCUGAUGUCUCCAAAUCGCCUGGAUGGCUCACUGUUUAACAAUUCAGAUGAUGUGCCAUUUAAAUGUAAAUCAUCCCCUUCUUCUCCAAUGAAAACAUGCAGAAUCGAUCGGUCAGCUCUGUCAUGUGAUCACAGAUUUCCUGAGCCCUAUACAGGAGGCCGACGUAAAAGUGCCAUGGCUUUGCGCUGGGAGGCAGGGGAGUUUGCGAACACUGAGUAAAAAAACAGAAUAGACAUAGUUCGUCAAUUUGCAGCUGUUUUACGUAAGAGAAUUUUCAAUGCUCAAACUCAGUUUGUUUAUUGUGACAGCAUAAACACUCGCUACUGCUGCUUCUGUAACUUUGUUAAUGAUCCAGAAAAAAAAAACAUCUGUGUAAGCCAAGAUGCCUAAAUGUUAUUUGAAUGUACCGUUUUAUCCAUUUUUGUGAUUCCUCUUUGUUGAGGUACUUUGAGAGACUUAUAAACCAUAUUUUAAGUGUUUUGUCUAUGAAGGCGAGGAGCAUAUGUACUGUAUAUUCAUAAUGUAUUUUCUUGUAAGGCGAUGUGUGUAUAUCCCUGAAUUAUAUGAAAAUAUGAAACAGCGUUUUAGGAUAAACAUUAAGUAAAAAUGUAUACGAAAUGGAUGUAUUUAGUUACAUAUUUUAGAAAACAAUCAAUUUUGUCAAGAAACAUAAUUGAGAGAUUUCUUUUUUAAGAAUUAUUCUAGAUUUGACUAUGAUUGCUCUAGGAACGUCUAAAUGGAGGACAAUUUUUGGAAGUUUUUGAAGGUCCUGUUCUUAAAUUAUUUAGUAAUUAUAGUGAUCUUAGAGGAUCAUCUAAUAUUUUAUAAUAACUUGUUAUUAAUAACCGGUUGCUUUGCAAUUUGUUGUCCUCAAAAAAAUAGUUUGUAUAUUUAAGAUUUGUAUGUCAAACCGCCAUGCUUAUAAAAACACAAGUAUUGCUUGCUAACCUUUAAAUCCAUGCCAGUCAGUCUCAAGACAAUAUUUGCUUUACCUACCAUUUGAAAAAAAAAAAAAAAAAAAAAAAAACUGUUGGAAUGACAAAUGCAGAAAUAAAUGUGUAAGCUAAAGGCAAAAA